AUGUUUGUAUUACCAAAAAACCCUAGUGCAGAAUUAUGGGAUGGACCAAGAACAGGCAUUGAUGGUGUGAAAGAAUUGUUUGGUGCUGAUGAAGCAUAUGAAAACACUAGGUUUCAGUCAUAUUUCAAAAAGGUUUUAAAGAAUGUAAAGCAUAUAUUCAUGGAUGAUCCAAGCUCAAUGCCAACCUUGAUCAAAAGCAGUGAAACCAAGGCAUUAAUCGAAACUGGGCUGAAGCUGCAGACAAUUUUACCUUUGAGCAAGAUCAUCCAAGAAUUACGUAUGGUAAAGAGUGAUGACGAAGUAGAAAUUAUGAAGAAAUCUGGGAUGAUCAGUUCAAAAGCAUUCAUCGAGGCUAUGAAAUGGACAAGCCCUGGCAAAACUGAAUCACAACUCUGGGCUAAAUUCGACUACGAGAACCGUUUACAUGGAGCUUCCAUAUUAGCCUAUGUUCCAGUCGUUGCAGGUGGCCCAAACGCCUUAUCUAUGCAUUACGUUAGAAAUGAUAUGGAGUUAAAGGACGGUGACCUUGUCUUAGUAGACUGUGGUGGUGAAUAUAACGGAUAUGCUAGUGAUAUCACUCGUACAUGGCCAGUUAAUGGGAAGUUUACUGAACCUCAAAAAGAGCUAUAUCAAGCGGUGCUUAAUGUCAAUAAAGCCUGUAUUAAGCUUUGCACUGAGAGAAAUAAUAUUUCUCUGCAUGGUAUACACGCCCAAUCUGUCAAAUUAUUGAAACAUGAACUCCAAGCGAUAGGUUUCGAAGUGUCAGCUUGGGAUUUGGAACGUAUCCUUUAUCCUCAUCACGUUGGGCAUUACUUAGGGCUUGACGUGCAUGAUCUGCAUGAUCUUGACAGAUCCCGCAAGCUAAAGAAAAAUAUGGUGAUUACGAUUGAGCCAGGCAUUUAUGUUCCUUUUGAUAACAAAUUCCCGGAGAAAUAUCAAGGUAUCGGCAUCCGUAUUGAAGACAAUGUGGUUAUCGGUAAAGACGAGCCCUAUGUCUUAACAUCCACCUCACCAAAAGAAAUUGUAGACAUUGAAUUCUGCUGUAGUAAUAACAACUAA